ACGCUUUCAAAUAGCAUGACGCAACAUACCCUAGUAGUCCUCCGAAAUCACGUGACUUGGUCGGUUGACUCGAUCCCAUCAUCAGUAACGUACCCUGGAUCACUGCUGUCAUUGAGUUUGGAUACGGUCAGAAAAGGCAUCAAUAUGCGGAUUUCCACAUCCUUUUUGUGUGUUUUAUUAGUCGUGGGCGGUGUGUUGGGUGUUGAGGAAAAAAAAGUGACAGUGAUGAAGGGAGAUACUGUCACUCUAAAUCCUGAUGAUGCUGAAAUAAAGACAGGUGAUACGAUACUGUGGAAGUUUGAAGGGUCUAUCAUAGGAAGAAGGAAAUCAGAUGGAAACGUCUCUACAGAUGUUGAUGGGAGAUUCAAAGAGAAACUGCUACUGGACAAACUAACUGGAUCUCUGACCAUCACAGACCUCACAACUGAUUACACUGGACUUUAUCAACUAGAGAUCAGGAGCACAACUGAGAUAUUCAAAAAUUACAAAGUCACUGUCAAUGAUGGAAUGAAGACAGUGUCAGUGAAGAAGGGAGACUCUGUCACUCUUGAUACUGGUCUUUUUGAAAUAAAGGGAUAUGAUCUGAUAUUGUGGAUGUCUAAAGGCCAUGUCAUUGCUGAAAUAAACAGAAAUACCAAUCAGGUUAUAUUCAGUCCUGAAGAGAAAUUUAAUGGCAGACUACAGCGAGAGCAUCAAACUGGAUCUCUAACCAUCCAUGACUCCAGAAUCACAGACUCUGGAGAUUAUCAUCUAAACAUGAGCUGCAGCACAUUCACCUUACAGAGGACCAUCAGAGUUACUGUCACUAAUGGUUCUGUCACUGGGCUUUCAGUUACAGGAAUUGUGUUGAUCGUGGUGGUUGUGAUUGUGGUCCUGAUCAUUAUUGGUUUCCUGGUCAUGAAAAUCAAGAAGAAGAUCAAGAAGCGGGGAGCCAUACCAAAUCCUUCUUCUACAGAGUUGCUAGAGAGUGAACUGAUGAGGGACUGAUUGAUCUAAAUCAACCUUUAAAGUAGAAGACUUUAAACAGCAGUAGAGUCACUCAGACAUUAUAAACAUUACCGGAGAUUGAAGUGAGUCCAUGUGUGCUUUUCAGAAGUUAUAACUUUUCAUUUGAUUCGGCAUAAAUAAACAUGCUUUCGCUGAAGUAUCAGUUUGCACUGAAGCUGAUGAUAAUGUUUUCAUGUUUUAAGAGACAGUUUGACUGAUUUAGUGUACACUGAUAAAAAAUGUUUUGUGGUGAAGUACACUGUAAAAAAGAAUUUGAGUCACCUAAAAAUACUUUGUUACCCCGCUGCCUAAUUUUUUUUUUUUUUUUUUUAU